AUGUUGAUGAAAUCAGCCUCAUCAACCAUUCUAGCUUUAGCUAGCAUUGGGGUUGUUAGCGGCAUACCACUUGAGUCGUUUGGCGAGUCUACGCGACUUAACAAGCGAUGGCUUUCAGGCGCCGAUAAAGUCCGUGGGGUUAACCUCGGAUCGCAGUUCAUUAUCGAGCCCUGGAUGGCCCAAGAUCAGUGGUCUAGUAUGGGCUGUGGGGGUGCCAACGACGAAUGGCAAUGUGUAGAGACACUAGGACAAGACGCUGCCGAUGCGGCUUUUAAGAAGCAUUGGGACACGUGGACUACCCAGGAAGACAUCACGCAGAUCAAGAGCCUGGGAUUAAACACCGUCCGCAUUCCUGUUGGGUAUUGGAUCCGCGAAGAUCUUGUUAACGAAGGAGAACACUUCCCACGUGGUGGUCUCGAAUAUCUCGAUCGGCUCGUUGGUUGGUGCGCCGACGCUGAGAUCUACGUGAUCAUGGAUCUGCAUGGAGGACCUGGAGCCCAGUUUCCCAAUCAGCAAUACACUGGCCAUGGUGUAGGCUACCCGGGAUUUUAUAACCAAGACAGUUACGAACGCGCAUUCAAGUUCCUUGAAUGGAUGACGGAAAGAAUCCACACCAACGACAGUUACCGCACUGUCGGUACCUUAGAAGUCAUAAACGAGCCAGUCCACGCUGGAGACUACGGCUCCGAGGCUGCAGACAUGAUUGCGAAUUACUACCCUAACGCAUGGAAUCGCAUCCGCAGCCGCGAGGAUCAGUUAAAAAUAGGGACAGAUGAUCGCCUACACAUCCAAAUGAUGGAUGAAUCAUGGGGCUCAGGUAACCCUACCAGCAAUAUUCCCGACACCACCUUCGCGCUUUUCGACGACCACAAGUAUUACAAGUGGGACGGCUCAGUGGAGACGACGAAGAAUGGUUACAUCUCGGCCGCGUGCAACGACAAUCGCGGCGGAAGCGACGUUAUCGUGGGAGAAUGGUCUAUUUCCGUCGCCGACUCGGUCCAGUUCAACGACGAGUUCCAGAUCGACAACAGGCCCGAUCAAGUGGAGUGGUACAAGCAGUUCUGGGCCGCGCAGGCGCAGACGUUCGAGAAGUCCGGCGGUUGGGUAUUCUGGACGUGGAAGUGCAACUGGAUCGGUGGUAUGAACGAGUGGCGGUGGUGCUACCAGUCUGCUGUUGCUGCCGGCGCUAUUCCGAAGGAUGCUGCGAGCGCUGCCAGUAUAAGCCCUUGCUAA